AUGAAAAGAAGUAGAGAGGGAGGAAAUUCAUCAUCCUCUGCUAAAAAAACAAAUGAUUUUUCAUCUCCGAAGUCACUUGUUGAUGUUUCAGCCUCAUCCUCAUCAACAAACACAAAUUCAUCAAAUAGAGAAAAAUUCUCUCAACAAUUAACUCAAGGAAAGGACCAAAAACGAAGAGGAACAUCAUCAAGUUACAGUUCUAAACAAACAAGUGGAAAUUCAUAUGGUGAUUCUAAAUCUAUGGUUGAUAAAAAGAAGAGAAGUGAAUUAAUUAAACAUUUCCAAGCAAAUUAUAAUAAGAGAUAUGCACUUAUUCAAUAUAGACAUAUUGAUAUUAAAGUGGAUAAGAGUUUGACUAAGAAAUCAAAGGAUGAAUCUGAAAAGGAGUCUGCUGAUGAAAGAAAAGCUACUUGUGAUAAUUUAUAUUCCCUUUGGAAGAGGAAUUCUUUUAUUUGGGAAAUGAUUGAGGAUUUUACAAAGUAUUCAAAAUCUGGAGGAGGUGGUUUUGAUUUGUUUAAUUUCCCUAAUUUAUCUAUUGAAUUGACCCAUUAUUUGCUUUGUUUAAUUGACAGCAAAAAGAAGCCACAAGAUUUGAAAUCUUUGGAUUAUAAGGACGUUGUUACAAACAAUGUUCAAUUACCAUCAAUUUAUCACAGAGGUGCUGAAGAUCAAGCAACUCAUAGAUUCCAAUUGAGUUUUGUCAAUUCGAUGAGAUCUGGUAAAGAGAUGGUUCUCUUGAGAAUGAGAGCUUACAAUAGUACAGAUGAGGAAAUUAGUGAAGAUUUGAGAAAGUUGGCAACUCAUUCAUCAUUUGCCAUUGCUAGAGCAGUAUCUGUUUAUCAGCUCUUUAAUGAUGCCAAAGUUUUACCUCACUCCUUUGAAGAGUAUGGUAAUUAUACAUGUCUAUUCUCCUCUCCUUCCUUUAAAAAGACCAGUCCAGCAACUUCCUAUGUUAAACAUAAGGCAGAAGCUUUCAGCUUACUGAACUCUAUUGCUCAAUCUAACAAGGUCAUUUCAAAGAAUGAAGAUUCCAACAAGAAGAAGAAUAAGAAACCAUCCACAAUCUCCAAGGAUUCAUCCACUACUGCUACUGACCCACAAGAAAACUCCCAACAACGUCCACUGCUCAAAAUCAAAGAACGACUUCGAAGAAAGAAUGCAAACCAUUUCUCUCACCAACAUUCAAACAAAAAUAACAAGAAGAAUACUUCUUCAACAAUUGCAACUCCAACCAAAAAGAAGAGAAAGAUGGAUACCAGUGAUGAUACAACGAUAGUAGUAGAAGCAACAGCAACAACAAGUGAUGUAAAUAAUACAGCAACAACAACAACAAUAGAAAAUCAACAAUCAUCAUCAUCGGAAGAAAAGAAGAAACAAGAAAAGACCAAACGAAAAUAUGAAGAAUAUUUACCACUGAAUGAAAUGUGGAAGGAAUAUAUGAAAACAACACUGGGACCUUCCUCUCUAGUGAAUAAUGAAACUUUACUCAAAGUUGAUUAUCAUGGCUGUAUAUUUAAAGUUGUAAAGAGUAAAUGUGGUUCCUAUGUUGGAAAGGAAGGAAUCAUGAUUAAAGAAAGCGAGAAUACAUUCCAAAUAUUAUCUAGAGAGAAUAAGACUUUUACCAUCCCUAAGAAUGGAUCAAUCUUUCAAUUUACAUUUGAGAAGGAAGUCAUUAACAAAUCACCCAAAGUGAAAGACACUCCAAAACAACAACCACAAUACAAGCACUUCCAAGUAGAAAUAAUCGGAACACAAUUUUGCUUUAGAACCUAUGAUAGAGCUUCAAAGAGAUUCAAACGAAGAGACAUUAUUGAUUUAUAA